AUGGAGAGCGCGGACUUGGCGCGAUGGCAGCGCUUUGCCUCGAAAGGCGGAAUAGGGAAAUCCACUGCCCUUGUCGAUCGAAUUGCAGAGCGUGAUGGGGACCUCAUGUUUCUCAAGGACGAUGAGAUAGUAGUCCUCAUGCAAUUGCCUGAGGCAGGGUAUUACUUGGGAUUUUGUGAGGGCGUUGUUGGGCGUUUUGCUAUUACGGAUGUACAAGUGCAUGGUAAACUGAAACGCGCGGUUAUGGCUCGACGUCCCGCUUCCGGUAACCCUGCAUCCCCCAAUCCGUCUCCUAUUGCACUUGCUGCGACUCCCAGCCCCGCUGUACCCCAUACUACUACUCUAUUACCUCUGCGUGCAAGCGUAAACGAGACUAGUGUAUCUGGCCCACAUUCGAGCGAUAAUGGCACAGGCGUGUCUGCGUGGCUAGCCUCUCAACCGUCGCCUCCGUCUCAUGAGAACAUCCCCAUCACGGAAACCGAACCCGAGCCGCCGGUAUCGCGGAGAACAGAGUCUAUUUCAUUGCCGCACCCUUCUUCUCCACUCGACCCGCAGGAUUCUCCAUUACGCGAGAAGGACCCAGCUUCUUCAUUACGUCCGUCCAAAUCCCAGCGUACCUCCCCGUCAAGUUCUCCAUCAUCAUCAACCCGUAACCGUCCUCCGUUGCAUGUUGACACAUCGCCCCCUGUUUCUGUUCCCCAACGAGAAUCUCAGUCCUUGGCAAGCCUCGUAUCCACGGAAGCCAGUCCACUCUCAGACGAGUCUGUCUACUCCUUACACCGGGGACAGAGUGGCACGGAGAUUCAUCGGGAGCCUGAGCAUGGAGAGAAAGUCCCGCAAUUUCAGUCCCAAGCAAAUAUGCGCAGGAGCGAGGCUGGGAGCAUUCAGGGAUUUGCUAGCUCAUACCAACCAAAUCCGAACGAUGCUGAAACCGAGUCGCGUGCCGACAUGGAAUCUUCAAUCUCGCGGACAUCAACGCCGAGUAUCGGGGACCCAUUCCAGCACGAUCAGCCAAGCACAAGUAGCCAGCUUUCAUCCCCUACUCAACUUCGAGCGUUGCCUAGAACUACGAAUGACAGUGCCCGACCUGUUCAGGUAGUCAGAACGCCACGCGAAGGAGGUAUAGGGUCACGGGCCGAAGACGCCACUGCCUCUGGGUCUCGAGGAGAUAGUGAUAGCGAGAGUGAUUAUGGCCAACCGAGUGAAGACGAGGCUGAUGUCCCGAGUCAAUCACAUAGGGAGAGUCCGGGGCGAGAGCAAAGCCAGGGGUCAGCAACCAAAGCCACACGCAUGGAGGCGACGAGGGACUUUACCAGCCCCAGUUUGACAAAUUCGAGGUCGUCAACGCCACCAUUUGGAUUCGAACUUGACCCCACAACCAGUCUAUCACAGGACACGAGGUUUGGAGGCAAAGCUACGGGAGACACAUUGACCAGCGACUUGAAGGCCCCCACGGAGGAAACAAAGUUAGCAUUGACGAGCGAUGCCUCAAGUUCACCAGCCAAUAGCUCAAAGGAUGCUCAUUCAGAGACGGGGCCAAUCCAUCCGACAGAGGAAGGUAGCUCUGACAAUGAGUCUGACUACGGGGAGGAAGUGGGUCAGUCGGCUCUGGUUCUCAGGUCCCGCCCCCUGGCACACGAUGAUGAUAACGAUUUUGACCUUCCUCCCGUCCGACCGCCGUAUCACCGUGCUUCUACGUCUAUUCGCUCAAUUACGUCUUCAGAUGCGGGUGGAUACUAUGACGAUGCAAUUUACGAUCAUUACCGGUACUCUCAGAUAUCCAUGGCCGCUCGCAGUGUCCGUAUGUCAGUCUUUGGGGCUGAAGAAAUUCCACCUCUACCAAAUAGCGGAGAACUUGAGCGCCCACAAGGAUCGUUAUCCUCCCCUGGUUCUCAGAUUCAGUUCUCGCCUGGCCUGAAUGGCCCCAAAUCACCCAGUGUGCGAUCUCCGCUUGGGCAAGGAGAACCUGCUUCUCCUCGAUUAAUGGCUACGAACACUUCGCCACUCGCUGCUGGGCCAAUCUUUCAGACACAAAUGGCAACCCGAGAUAACUCCGGCGAAAUUAGACGAAACACUUGUUACUUCUCCUGGAGGACUUGGGCUUCCUCUCUCGCCUGGUGCCUCUGGUCCUCCUUCUCCGUUAUCCCUAAUCUUGCUAGUACACUGCGUCAGGUAAUAGAACAGCACCGUGCUCCCGAACCCGGAUUACAAGCACCACUCCAAGCAGAAAUUGUUGACCAAGAACCUAUGCUUGGAAGUCCUGCUGCGGUUAAUAGUCCACAACAAGGAUACUCAGCUUAUGAGCCUAGCCCCAUCGCUAGCCUACAGCGUCGUCCUUCGAGGUUCGCACCACACCCGAACGCACCUAAACCUGCUCAUAUGUUCGCCGCCAACGCCUCCACUGGAACCCAUUUGACAUCGCCCGCACAAGGAGAAUCCGACAAUCAUCCUCCGACAGGACCGCAGCACAUGCGACUUCAUGAUGCGUUGACUUUGGUCGUCCAGCGCCUCAGAAACAAUGGGAUGGCCGGUGGUACACCAACGAUCAUGGAAGAACACACAGCGAGCUCUCACUGA